CGAGCGAGGGAGGGAGGUGUGGAACAGUUUCCUGUAGCUGCGUGCUGAUCGUCGCCUCUGCACCUUCCUCCUCGAGUCCGUUUCUGUCAGCGCGAAGAGCACCGACGACGCCGAGCGGAACAGGAUGCAGGCCAUCAAAUGUGUGGUCGUGGGAGAUGGAGCUGUGGGAAAAACAUGUCUUCUCAUCAGCUACACCACCAACGCCUUCCCCGGGGAAUACAUUCCUACCGUCUUUGACAACUACUCUGCCAAUGUAAUGGUGGACAGCAAGCCCGUCAACCUGGGCCUGUGGGAUACAGCUGGACAGGAGGACUACGACCGGCUGCGCCCACUGUCCUACCCACAGACGGAUGUUUUCCUCAUCUGUUUCUCCCUUGUGAGUCCAGCGUCCUACGAGAACGUCAGAGCUAAGUGGUACCCAGAGGUUCGCCACCACUGCCCCUCCACUCCCAUUAUCCUGGUGGGAACCAAGCUGGAUCUGAGGGACGAGAAGGAAACCAUUGAGAAGCUGAAGGAGAAGAAGCUGUCACCGAUCACCUACCCCCAGGGCCUCGCUCUGGCUAAGGAGAUAGACGCAGUGAAGUACCUGGAGUGCUCAGCUCUGACCCAGCGUGGUCUGAAGACCGUGUUUGAUGAGGCCAUUCGUGCCGUGCUCUGCCCACAGCCCACCAAAGUCAAGAAGAAGGGCUGCAUCCUGCUGUGAACGACCCAGGACCAGAACCUCUAAACCUCCGACCCUGUGGUGAAAGAUGACUUAAAUGUUUCCUGAUAGUUUGAAAUAAAACAGUGUUUAGUUCUAAAUCUACAGCUGAAAGUCUGUGAACAAAAAACAACCAAACCUGUGUCGCUUAAAGAUAUUUUUAUACACACACUAGUAAAACCUCUAGUUUCACAUAACACCAUGUUUUCAGUCAUACAGUAACUAUACAGGUGAAAGCUUCUAAACAAGAACAAACAAUCCUGCAUCGCUCCAAACUAGAAACAUGGCUCCUCCAUCAUGACCUAAAUGAACACGAACCUACAGCACAACAAGAGGCUGGAGUGAGCAGGAUAUUUACUAUUAAAUGUACAAUUCUAUCAGAACAAAUCCUUAAAUAUUGUCACCUUCUACGUUCAUUUAUUAGCUUAUAUGCAACACAUGUAUGUUAGGAGUUUUCUUAAUGCCCUUUAGAUGCCACAACAUUUUCAUGUAUUAUGACUUGUUCCAAGCAGUACUGUACUGAACAAUAUUCUAUUUGAAUGAUAUUCUUAUGAAAUGUUUAUGAAAUUUGUUGUGAUGUAAAAUAAAAGACAUUUAAAAGA